AUGAAGCCCGUCCCGACAAAAGAAGAUCCUCAAGCAGCGGAACCUGUGGUUCGCGAAUACUACCAGCGAAAACCCAAACCCUUGCCAUCGGACCCAACACUCCGAGCCCACGUCGAGCAAGUUCUGAAGGAUGGCUACGUGGUGAUCCCGAAUGCCUUCACGGACGCGCAGGCGCUUGAGGCAAUCGCUGAGAUCGAUAGGCUCCACGGCAACACACCCAAGAAGGGGCGCGACGCGUUUGAUGGCUUCAAAACGAACCGCAUCUUCUCCCUCCUGGGAAAGACCCGGGUCUUUGACAAGUUUUGCGUUCUCCCUCAAGUGCUGGCCAUGAAUGAGUACUUCCUGGAUGACGACUAUCUUAUAUACAUCAUGGAGACCAUUGUGAUUAAUCCUGGCGAAAGAAACCAGAGGCUGCAUCACGACGAUGCCGUCACGCGCCUACCAAGACCAAGACCCCCGGUCACGGCGGCCAUAAUGGUUGUGCUGGACGACUACACGGAGCUGAAUGGCGCGACACGAAUCAUCCCAGGGAGCCACAAGUGGGGAAGCGAUCGAAUCCCAGAAGAAGAGGAGGCUGUAUCAGCUGUAUGCCCACGCGGCAGCAUCGUGUACUUCUUGGGGACUACGUGGCACUCUGGUGGCGCAAACCGCAGCUCGAUGUCCAGAUAUGCAGCAACGAUUCAGUAUUGUCAGCCAUACAUCCGCCCAUUGGAUAACUUGAUGGUAGCUGUCGAUCCCAGACGAGCCCUGUCGGGAGAGAUUCCGAAGAAAAUUGUGGACAUGAUGGGGUACCGAAGCGCUUUCCCCUUCAUCGGCUAUGCCGAUGGAAUGAAUCCGAAGAAAGCGACUAGAAGAAUGAUUCGGCGGCUGGAACAGCCGAUUGAUUACAACCCGCCAACAUUUGCUAGUGAAGCUGGGGACAAGGAGGAGAGGGUCUCUAGCAAAUUGUAA